AUGGAUUCUUUUACCAAAGAAAUACGAGUCGAGUCCAGUGGCGUUCUUUUCGCCGCCAUCGAGAUUCCCAUCGCGGGCUUCACUCCCAACCCCUUCAAAUAUCCGAAUCUCACAUUCGUCGGCGACCCCGCAGCCGGGCAGAUAUCCCAACGGUCGAUACCAACGGGUAUGACGUUGGUCAAGAAGUUCAUCAUCAACUUCGACAAGACCUGUAUCCACUUCGACAAGAUCUCCAUUCACUUUGAGCUUCUGGACGGCACCACGUAUGAUAUCAGAGGCAACGACACGAUUAACGGCAAGGCCGACCGAAGUGGAUGGAGUAAGCGGCAGGCCACCCUGAUCCUUAUAUCUUUGCAGAUGGGAUGUGGCGGUUGA